AUGUGUCGGAAGAAGAAGAUCAAAUGUGAUGGGAAGAUGCCCAAAUGCUCGCAUUGUACCAACUACAAGACGGAUUGUGUGUUUACCCAGGUUGAGAAAAAGCGGAAUCCUCCUAAAGGUGCCAAAUAUAUCGAGGGCCUCGAAAACCGAUUAGGGAGGAUGGAGUCUUUACUGCGCCUUUCUGGUCUCUUGUCAGAAGACGAUGGGGGAAAAACAGAUCUUGGAACGCUGGAGAAGCGUCUUGCUGACCGGUAUCACACAAGCGGUUCGAAUACUCCGCAUAAUCCGCAGAAGAUCAAUAUCCCCAGCCAGAGUCAGACCGCUAUGUCACAGCAAAAUAGCUCAUCGCACUAUUCUACUCCUCGCUUAGAGUCUCAAUCAAGCCCACGGACAGCUGCUACGUCCCCGGAAUCGCAAAAGGAAUCAGAGACGGAGGUUGAAGGCCUGUCAGACAUGAUGUGUUCCCUGGUGACAAAUAAUUGUGGGGAGACGCGAUACAUCGGUUCGUCAUCAGGUUUUUCGAUCUUCUCUCCCAAAGGCAUCCAAUGGGUCAAUGAGAAAACGGGCGAUACCUCAUUUCAAGAAAUGAUCUCAUCAGCCUAUGUAGAUGACAACAAAUGGAUGUACUGGAAGCCUGAAAUCUUUAGCGAUAUAUUUGCUCGCCGCGUGUUCAAGCCGUUGCCACCGAAGGAUGAAGCCAUGUCGCUUUUCAAAGACUUCUUCGACAACUUCAACUGCAUGUUUCCGCUCUACCACGAGCCGACUUUCAUGCACCUGGUCGAACGACAAUAUUCCCGAGAUCCUUACGAAGGUUCCGGCUGGUGGGCCAGCAUCAACGUUGUGCUAGCCAUUGCUCACAGAUUACGAGUUAUGAGCAAUCUGGUCCCGCAAGAAGAGGACAGGAAAGCCUGGCUAUAUUUGAAAAAUGCCAUGGGAGUGCUGACGGAACUGACCAUGCGGAAUACGGAUCUUCUCAGUGUUCAAGCACUGCUUGGAAUGUCUCUUUUCUUACAGGGAACUCCAAACCCCCAGCCGUCCUUCUUCUUGGUUGCGGCGGCAAUCAGACUUUCUCACAGCAUCGGCCUCCAUAAGAGAGGUUCUGGCUUCGGUCUGAACCCAGUGGAAGUUGAACAACGAAAGAGAGUUUUCUGGAUCGCCUAUCUUCUUGACAAAGACAUCUGUCUCCGCUCCGGGCGUCCGCCGGUACAAGACGACGACGACAUGAAUGUGGAAUUACCAAGCGACGAUCCACCCGACAACAUCGGCAAUGUCCCAUUAUCUGACGGUAGAAGCAAGUUUAACUUGUUCCGAUCCAUGUGUCGCUUCGCUACUAUUGAAAGCAAGGUGUACAAACGGCUAUACUCCGCCAAGGCGUCCAAACAGUCCGAUGGCGAGCUUCUGAAUACUAUCGGAGAACUCGACAAGGAACUUGAAGAUUGGAAGGACAGUAUCCCACUGGAUUUUCGUCCAGAACAUGAAAUCAAGGCUUCGCACACACCUCUCAUUCUCCAUGUGGUUGUCCUACAUUUCGCCUACUAUAACUGUUUAACGACCAUUCACCGUAUGUCUGUGCAUCACGGUUAUUGGACAAGUCGUCUCUCCAAUUACGCCAUCCAGGGUCUGAAUGCCAGGCCCUUGAAUCCUAGGGUCUUCUUAUCGGCGGUACUCUGUGUGACUGCUGCCAGGGCGUCUAUUAACCUAAUUAAAUACAUUCCGCAGGGAGAUUUCGCUUGUGUCUGGUUGAUACUAUACUAUCCCGUGUCAGCUCUUGUCACACUCUUUGCCAAUAUUCUCCAGAAUCCCAGUGAUGCUCGCGCUCGGUCAGAUGUCAAGUUGAUGAAUGUAGUCGUCAAUUUCCUGUCGACCUUGGUCUCGGAUGAAUCGAACGGCAGCAUCAAGCGAAUGCUUGGUCUAUGCGGAGAAUUCGAGAGGAUUGCGAAGGUGGUCCUUGAUAAAGCUGAGAAGGAGUCAUAUUCGAAGAAGAAGCGCAAAUCACCCGAGGAACCGGUCAACCUACAGCAAAGUACCCCCGAAGAGCAUCCCGCACCCUCACCCUCGACAACGCAGCCCACUCAGGGGCCGUCAAGAAAUGCCCAAAUGUCGUCGCCAUUGUUCGCUGAAAAUCCAGCUGAUCCCGGCUGUAAUACUAUGGCUGACGAUGCAGGAGGUUUUGCCCCCAAUCGUGAAAUCCCCGGGGCGACUGGUAUCUCGACCAAUAUCCCUCCCAACAUACAGGCUAUGCCCGGUGUUGGACAGGAUUACCAGGACAUGCUGAGUCCCGAUCCGCUGGAAGGUGUCAGUUUUGCCGAGCAGCCACCAUUUUCGGCGACCGCAAAUACCCCUUUGUCAUCCUUUCAGCAGCCCUUCGUCCCUCAAGAUUUGUGGCAGAUGCCGAUGACCAUCGAAUGGGACUGGGCAGACAUGUCAACAAAUUUCCCGGUCUUUGACACCAACGGUCCACCCCACGGUGGAUUGUGA